UACAUAAGUAUGUCGGAGCAUUGGUAGCAUUAUUUGAAUUUAGUACAGCAACAUGAAUAUUGUGUGUGUCAAAAUUGUAAUAAAGAAGAAUAGAGAAAACAGAACAACCGUCAUUGCUGUCUUGUAUUCUUUAUAUCACCGAGAGUCGGCGAGAGGACUAACUGUAAAUCCUCUCACUGAGUGAGACCCGUGCCUACGUGUUUGGUGUAUUGCCUCUUCCGUUGGUUCGUUCUGUGUACAUCACUCGAAGAAGUGUGUGAGCGAGACUGGACUGGCUAUUUGCGGUGUGUGCGAAUGAGCAGGAUGGCAAGUGUGUCAUGAGCAAGCUGCGCAACAGAUUUUGGCGACGAGCGAGCGUGCAUGAAAAGAGAGAAGGCAGUCUUGGGAGAAUAUUCGUAGUACACAGACGAUAUUUUUGUGAUACGACUACAAGUGGAACGAUGGCACCAACGAAGGGAACGGGGCUCGCUGCUCGAGGUGCUAAGAACACUGAAGAAAUUGACGCUUCGACAUCAGAAGUGGGAUUCGACCCUCCUAACUCUGAGUUGCGACAAAUUUUGGAGCAACAAAAUAGAAAUUUUAUGGAGUUGCUGCGAACAGUGCAGGCUAGCGCAGCGCCUCGUGAGCCAAAGACGGUGUUUUUACCAAAAUACAAUCCCGAAGCUGCUGGCGCCGAUCCAUGUGCUUGGAGUAUUACGGCCGACAUGAUUUUUACUGAUAACCCACUUGAGGGUAGUGCACUUGUGAUCGCUCUCAGCAAAGCUUUGGAGGGCAAUGCAUCUCAAUGGCUUUCACAGAUCUGUUUUCCUGGCAUGACUUGGGUUGAAUUCAAGCAACUAUUUACGCAAAGAUUUGUCGGCGUAGAAACAGCUGCAGCAACACUUCUCAAGCUGCUAGAAGGACGCCCAGGGAUUGGAGAGUGCAUGUCGUCGUAUGCAAGCCGCCUAGUCACUUCGCUAAUGACGAAAAUGAAAAAUAUGGAGCGCGAGGAAUUGUUGGUGUCAGUUGUACUUGCGCAUACUGCGCAACUGGACAGCAGACUGAAAAAGCUUGUGUGCACCACAAACAUCAAGUCGCGUAGCGAAUUGCAGCAACAGUUGCAGGUAUACGAAAUCGGGCAGCGUCAAGAGACUUCGAAGGCAGACACAACUUUGGGGCCAGAAAGGAAGAAGCAGAAAUUUUCAAACAUCAUUUGCCAUUAUUGUGGAAAGUCAGGGCACAAAAUCGCAGACUGCCGCCAGAAGAAAAGUCGGGAAUCACAAUCAUCGGGGAGCGGGCAUGCUGGAGGCGUUGGUAUGAAGCCAAAAGAGCAAAAGUCGAACGUAAUAUGCUAUAAGUGUGGACAGGCUGGACACAUUUCUACUGGGUGCUCUUUGAUUGGACAAAGCACUGAAAAGAGAGUUAACAUAUGUUCGGUAAUGGAACCAAAAGGUGUGCUCGUUCAUUCUGGUGAGUUCGUUGAUUUUUGCUUUGAUUCCGGAGCCGAGUGUUCACUCAUUAAGGAAAGCGCUGCUGGGAAAUUCUCUGGAAAAAGACUUCAUAAUGUAGUAAUGCUUAAGGGUAUUGGAAACGAUUCUGUAUGUAGCUCUACGCAAAUUUUGACCAAUGUUACCAUUAAUGACUUUAUCCUGGAAAUGUUAUUUCAUGUCAUUAUGGACAAGUACUUGAAACACGAUAUCAUGAUAGGCAGGGAGAUUUUAAGUCAAGGUUUCGGAGUGACGAUUGAGUCAGACAGAUUCUGCAUUUAUAAAGUAAAACUGAUUAAUGUUGUAACUGAACCCAAAACAUAUGAAAAUUGUAUUAACGAAAAUGUAGAGUUGAAUGAAGCUGACAAGAGCCGUUUAAUAAACGUCUUGAAACCAUACAUGCAACACUUUAUCUCAGGAGUUCCAAAGACACAAGUUAACACAGGUCAGUUAGAAAUUCGUUUAAUAGAUCCAAAUAAAACGGUACAAAGGCGACCAUAUAGGCUUAGUGUAGAUGAGAAGCAAACUGUUCGUGCAAAGAUUGACGAGUUGUUGACGGCAAAUAUUAUAAGACCGAGCUGUUCCCCAUUUGCGAGUCCAAUUUUAUUGGUAAGAAAGAAAAACGGAACUGAUCGCUUAUGCGUCGACUAUAGAGAGCUAAACGCUAAUACAGUGUCGGAUAAAUUCCCAUUGCCUCUUAUCUCGGAUCAAAUUGCAAGGUUGCGUAGGGGAAGGUAUUUUUCUUGUCUGGACAUGGCCAGCGGAUUCUACCAAAUACCUAUUCACCCAGAUUCGAUAGAGCGUACGGCAUUUGUUACACCGGAAGGGCAGUUCGAAUUUGUGGCAAUGCCGUUUGGUUUAAAGAAUGCUCCGUCUGUGUUUCAGCGGGCAAUAAUAAAAGCGUUGGGGCCACUUUCGUAUUCGUAUGUUGUGGUUUACAUGGAUGAUGUAUUGGUCGUGGCCGAAACUAAAAUGGAGGCAAUUUCAAGAUUACAGACAGUCAUAGAAACUCUCAUUCAAGCUGGAUUCUCAUUUAAUUUCGAAAAAUGUACAUUUUUAAAAUCAAAAUUGAGUAUCUCGGUUACGAAGUAGAGGCAGGUGAGCUUAGACCUAAUCCUCGAAAGUUGCAG